CCUGUAAGGGACUGGCUUCCUUUUCAAGACUUGUGCUGUUGGAAGGGACCAUCUGAAGAUCGUGUUUGUGUAUAUAAAGGAGGGCACCAGCCUGACCUGCAUCCUCCACCAUGUUCCUGUUGCUGCCUUUUGAUAGCUUGAUUGUUAACCUUCUGGGCAUCUCCCUGACUGUCCUCUUCACCCUGCUACUUGUUUUCAUCAUAGUCCCUGCCAUUUUUGGAGUCUCCUUUGGUAUCCGAAAGCUCUACAUGAAAACAUUGUUAAAGAUCUUUGCGUGGGCUACCUUGAGAAUGGAGAGAGGAGCCAAGGAGAAGAACCACCAGCUUUACAAGCCCUACACCAACGGAAUCAUUGCAAAAGAUCCCACUUCUCUGGAAGAGGAAAUUAAAGAAAUUCGUCGAAGUGGUAGUAACAAGGCUCUGGAUAAGACACCGGAGUUUGAGCUCUCUGAUAUUUUCUACUUUUGCCGGAAAGGAAUGGAGACUAUUAUGGAUGAUGAAGUGACAAAGAGAUUCUCUGCAGAGGAGUUGGAAUCCUGGAACUUGCUGAGCAGAACCAAUUACAAUUUCCAAUAUAUAAGCCUACGACUUACCAUCCUCUGGGGGUUAGGAGUACUGAUUCGAUAUUGCUUCCUUCUGCCACUCAGGAUUGCGCUGGCAUUCACAGGGAUUAGCCUAUUGGUAGUGGGCACUACCAUGGUUGGAUAUCUACCAAAUGGGAGGUUUAAGGAGUUUUUGAGUAAACAUGUCCACUUAAUGUGCUACCGAAUCUGUGUUCGAGCCCUGACAGCCAUCAUUACCUACCACAACAGGAAAAACAGACCAAGAAAUGGUGGUAUCUGUGUGGCUAAUCAUACAUCUCCCAUUGAUGUGAUCAUCUUGGCCAGUGAUGGCUACUAUGCCAUGGUGGGGCAGGUACACGGGGGCCUUAUGGGUGUGAUUCAAAGAGCCAUGGUGAAAGCAUGCCCACAUGUCUGGUUUGAGCGUUCUGAAGUGAAAGAUCGCCACCUGGUGGCCAAGAGACUGACUGAGCAUGUACAAGAUAAAAGUAAGCUGCCCAUCCUCAUCUUUCCAGAAGGAACCUGCAUCAAUAACACAUCAGUGAUGAUGUUCAAAAAAGGAAGCUUUGAAAUUGGAGCCACUGUUUACCCUGUUGCUAUCAAGUAUGACCCUCAGUUUGGUGAUGCCUUCUGGAACAGCAGCAAGUAUGGGAUGGUGACAUACUUACUGAGAAUGAUGACCAGUUGGGCUAUUGUCUGCAGUGUUUGGUACCUGCCUCCUAUGACCAGAGAGAAAGAUGAAGAUGCUGUGCAGUUUGCUAACCGGGUGAAGUCUGCCAUUGCCCGGCAGGGAGGAUUGGUAGACCUUCUGUGGGAUGGUGGAUUGAAGAGAGAAAAGGUGAAAGACACAUUCAAGGAGGAGCAGCAGAAAUUGUAUAGCAAGAUGAUUGUUGGUAACCAUGAGGACCGGAGCCGGUCCUGAGCCUCAUGUCUGGCACUGGUUGGAGCCACCACCUCUAAAUCCUGACAAGUGAGUCAGCUGGAGUUGUUGCUGCCACAACCUCUACCACCAUCCCUACCGCCCACUGCUGCAUCCUUCCAGACUCUGGCCCUCAGGCUGUUCUGGACUCCGGGACCCUUGAGCUUCUUCAGAGCCCCAUGGGCUGCCUGCUGUACUCUAAGCAGAGUGCUGCUGCCUGGGCUCCCCAGGACAAAACAUGCCCCUUGUUCCUUUACAGUAAGCCUCUAAGAGGAAUGCCAUUAAAGCAGCUGUGUCAUGUGCUAGCUGGUGGGAAGGCAGGCCCCAUUCUUGCCCUGAGAGAGUGUUGGGCGUUGCUGUGUAGGGUCAUCCACAUGCUGGGAAAGUCAGAAGGGCCAUUGCUGAGGAAGGUGCCUAAACAACCUCCAGCCUGGAGCUUUUAGGUGAGACAAAAAGAAAACCGUCUAUGGGAGUGUUUGUUUCAUUCAGCAGAUGGAGUCAUACGUUCUGUGUUCCUGCUUCAAAGAUCACCAGAGGAGAUAGGAAGAAGCCAGUAGGCCCCUGGCCAGUUAGCUAGCCUCCAGGCUGAGCCUGAGUCCCCCACAUGACUUAUCUGUUUACUAUGUCUUGGUUUCCCUAACUGUUACAUGGAAUUGCAAAGGGUGAUGAUAACCUACCUCACAGGGUUGUUGUGGGGGUUCCAGUGCUAGUAUAUGUGAAGGAAAUGGAUGCUGGUCUCACAGGGACGGCUCCAUAGAAUGUGGCAGGACAAAGGUCAGAGGUCACAGCUACUGCCCAGAAUUUUAACUUGUUUUGUGAGUAAAUAAAACUGGAUGGAAAUGAAUUUAGGGACUUUGCCUUCA